AUGACUGAAUCGGAAAAGCCUCUCAACCAGGAGGAGAUCUCGCGUCUUCUGAAGCAUUUCAGUGGCGAGGGCCCUCCAGCCAAUGAUCGGUGGGCAGCGCUAUGGGAUGCGGGCGACUUCCUCCCUUGGGAUCAGGGCAUUCCCAAUCCGGCCCUUGUGCAUGUCAUGGAGAACCGUCAGGAUCUCAUUGGUGCCUCUGCCUUUAUUCAUGACGGAAAGGGGGAGUGCCGGAGGAAGCGAGCGCUGGUGCCGGGUUGUGGACGUGGAUAUGACGUCCUCCUCCUGUCCAGCCUAGGCUAUGACGCCUAUGGCCUUGACGUAUCGACUAAGGCGGCUGAGGAAGCUAAUGCGUGGGCUGGGGAGCAUCUGGCCGAUUAUCCUGUUCGAGAUCAGGCAGCUGGACCAGGGAAGGCGCAGUUCAUCAUAGGUGACUUUUUUAGUGACGAGUGGAUUGCUCGCAUGGACCUUCCUGGUAAAUUCGAGAUCAUCUAUGACUAUACCUUCUUCUGUGCCCUCACCCCUGACCUUCGUUCCUCGUGGGCUCGCCGGUACUGGGAUCUCCUUUCCACGCACCAGGAAAGUGUGAUCGUCUGCGUCGAAUUUCCGACCCAGAAAAAGCUGUCCCUCGGUGGGCCCCCUUACGCCUCGCCUUCAUCCGUCUAUUUGGCGCAUUUGAGUCACCCUGGACAGGAGAUUCGGUAUGACGUCGAAGGAGCACCGCUCACUGAAUUGGAGCUCGAAAAUGCGAACGGAUUUCAAAGAGUCGGUCAUUGGAAGGCCGAGAAGUCGCAUCCGAUGGGGAAAGGAAUGGAUUGGGUGAGUGUGUGGAGACGAAGUGACAAGUGA